GCUCAUUUAUGCGGCAUUGAAGAGACUGCUCAUUGUGUAGUCAAGCAGAUCGUACCAUUGCACCUUGCUGCUGAUCGCAUUGUGCACAAAGCAAGUUGAUCAUUUGCAAAGGAGCAGAAGAGCAGCACCAACCUGCAACUAACAAGUGAGCAGGAUAUCGCUGCACAGCUGCACAACGCAAAGGGAUUUUUCGAUUCAUUUAUUGAUUGCAAAGAAGAAAAGAAUUUGAAGUACUUGCUAUUAUAUACAAGUGAGCAGGUAUGGCAACAGCUGCUGUACUCUUUGCUCUGCUCAUGGCCACAGCUGCAGCCCAGGACCCAACUGUUAAUCUAUUCCUCGGGGGAGCCACUCAAGCACAAUUUUAUGUACCCGUGGAUACGCCUGAUUUCUUCUCGCUGUCUUUAGUGACUAACCCUAGUACGGACAAUCUUGUAACAGGAUCAGUUGGAGGUGUUGAGGUGAUAGUGAAUGGAGGAUCUGGAGACAGCUUGAUUGAGAGCAUCAGUGUGGACAGUUCUGCUCUACCAGGACUCUCCCUGGAGACCACAGUCGAUGGAGGACGCUAUACUUACACGCUAACUGGAGCCACCUCGGUUACACUAGCCAACUACAGCACCCUCAUCUCUACUCUGGCGUACGUCAGCAACUUAACCUCAGCUGCAUUCAACGAUCCAGCAAGGAACAUCUCCAUAGCGGCCUUUAACAGCUCAAUGGACAAUGGCCCGGUUAUCGUCGCUUUCAUCUCCCCUAUCCUAGAUAACCAAGAAAACCCAGUGUUUGCUGGUGGAGAAAGUAUAGAACUUUUUAUUGAAGAGAAUACGCAAGGAACUGUGACUACCAUCGUUGCCACUGAUCCAGAUGGUAUCUCUUUUUCUUUUUUAGACCCUUCAACUGUGUUCAGUAUUGUUCCUAGUACUGGUGAGAUCCUUGUAACUGACAGUGGAGCACUUGACUACGAGGUUGAGGAGAACAGAAUGUUUGUACUCACGGUUGCUGCCACAGACGAGUAUCAAAUACCAGAAAUGAGACGUUCGGCCGAAGCCACGGUUACUAUCAGACUCAACAACACCAAUGAUGAGCGACCAGUGUUCAUCAACACACCCUAUGUGUUCUCCGUUGUCGAGGAAGCCGCUGGAGUCUUUGUAGGACAGCUGGCAGCAGUGGACGCUGAUGAAUUGGGGGCAUUAUUCUAUGACUUUGAAUCUGGAGUCACUGGUACAGUAUUUACCCUGAAUAGAGGGACUGGAGAAAUUCACGUUCUCAAUGCUUUGGACUUUGAACAACGACAAUCUUAUAUCUUCAACGUGCUCGUCAGUGACGGAGGUGGUUUUGCCACUGAGACAGUGACUAUCAAUGUUUUGGAUAUUGCCGACAACAGACCUGUGAUUAGCCCUGCUGAUAAACUGAUAUUGCUGAAUCUCGACACUGGAGCUAACGAAGUGUACAUUGGACUUAACGGAACCGGAGGUCCGCUCACCGUGACGGACGUUGACAGUCCCUUAGAGAGGGGCGUGGCUACCAUCUCAGUCCUCCGGAAUGGAAUUGUUGAGACGUACCCUAACCAGUAUGGGCUGUGCGAGUGCACGGACCCACUCUGCAUCAAUGUGUUCGCACUCUGUCAGACCACUUUCUCUGUACAAUUGGACCUAUUCAGUGGUGGCGUGCCAGGGAGCACUAAUGGGCCGAGUCAAGUUACCACGGUACCUGCUGGUGUCACAGUGUGGGCCUUCAAUGGAGCCAAUACUGUCAACAACAACUGGCUGGACUUCAGCUCUACCCAGAACGCAAACUUCCUUAGUAUGACUGAUGACUUCACCAUCUCCAUGUGGAUACGAGUGGCGACAGGCACUAAUGCACAAUAUAUCCUGGCCUGUGAUCGUGGGACAUCAUCUCGUUACUUCCAUAUCUAUGAGACGAGUACUGAUCGUAUUAUCCUCUACUACUUCAGAGACACUCUUGACGGAGUCACUCAACAAAAUGACGAUGGGUACGAGUCCCAGGUGGCUCUCAGCUUCUACUAUGAUCGCUCUAUCUUCCAAAACGGCAUUAGAGACAAUCAGUGGCACUUUAUGACUCUGACAGUGGACUACCCGACAGUCACUUUCUCCUUCGAUGGCUAUGAACUUAUGCCGACCAGGGGUAACUAUAGGAACCAGUUUAACUCACAAGUCCUCCUCAAUCGAGACGGUAGCAUCUACGAAAUGCCUGCAAGAAUUCUGACAAAGAGUUCCUCUUUAAUCAACGACAUCUCCUGCAGACUUGGAGGAUCCACUCGUGGUAAUACCUUUGCUUUGGGAGGGGAGAUACGACAACCAACAGUGACCAAUAUUCUCUCAGAGGCUGAUCACAGAUGCCUAGCCUCCUGCAAUGAGUACAUCGAUGUUGACCCCUCUGUUGCCAUUGCCUCCUCCUUCCAGACAUUCUACAACCCAGUGAGCAGGUCCUUUGAGUUCACCUCUCUCACAGCCACUGAUGACUCUCAGUACACACUGUUCUUGCAAGGACUUGUCUUCUACUCCAAUGGUUUCAUACCUCCCGAGGAGGAGGGUGAGAGCAGAAGAGUUCAGCUGCAGAUUACCGACGACAUUGCCGUUGGAAACACGGCUGAAAUUACCAUAACCGGCCGAUCUAAUCAGUUCAAUCCCAUUCUAGAUGUCAAUGGAGACCAAGAGAGUGGAAUUGAUUUCUCUGUUGACUUUGUUGAAGGUGUAGACACAGAAGUUCCGAUUGUUUCUGAUCAAGCGUUUAUUAUCGACCAAGAUAUUGACCCGCAGGUAGUGAGCAUGACUGUAACGCUAACCAACAACCAACUCUCAGUCUUUGUGGAGAACCUAGUGGUCAGCUCAGUAUCAAGUGUAAUCACUGUUACCGGAUCAGGUUCAAACGUUAUCACCAUAACAGCCUCCGAUCCUGCUCGAGUAACUCCUAACAACUUUUUAACUGUCGUGAACAGCAUUCGUUAUCGAAACACCGAUGUAGAGCCGCUAAGUAUUCCUCGUAUCAUUGAAUUCGAGUUAUUUGAUGGUCUCCGUAGCAACAACCCUCGUGCUCGAACCACUGUGAAUGUGAUGACCUUCAACGAUGCCCCUGAGGCCGACCUCAGCGGUCCAGCUGUGAGGGGUAACAACGCAGAGGCGGAUUAUAUCGAGGCAGGACCCCCCACACUCGUCAUUCCUGCCAUGACCAUUCAAGAUGAAGACAGUUUCAUUAUCUCACAGGCUAAUGUAAGGAUUGCAGUGGUGUUCGAUGUUGGAUCAGAGCGACUGAUAAUCAAUCCCUCUCUAGCCUCAGGCGCUGGCAUAACUUGUUCCCCUAGUAACUGUGAAGGAACUGACAUCACUCUAACAGGAACUUCUUCACUCAUGAAUUACCAAACUGUACUGCAAAGUCUACGCUAUGUGAACGAUCUACUAGCAACAGAUUUGCCGAAUUUGAGAGAUCGAGAUAUAUUUUUAAUUGUUUUUGACAAUGAAGGCACCAGCAGUGACCCUAAUACGAAUGUCAUCCUCAACUUUGUCCCUAUAAAUCCUCGUGUGAUUAUACAAUUAGAUGCCCCCAACCAGGACUAUGCCGUCAAUUUCACUGAGACUCAAGUAUCUCCCGUGUCCCUCGUUCGUCUCGUGCGAAUCGUCGACAGUUCAAUAGAAACUCUGGACUCUGUGGUUGUGUUUAUCCGUCCCAAUCUCCCCCCAGGCAUUGUGGAGGACCAGGAGCUACUGCAGAUCACUAGCACUGCUAAUCUGAGCAUCUCCGUGGAAAUCAACACAGCUCUCAAGCGAAUUACAUUCUCUCAGACGGCCCCAGUGGCGGAGUAUUUGGAUGCUAUCAACCGUGUGUUGUACUUCAAUGGAGAGGCAGAACCAGUUCCCAUCACGAGGUUUGUGGACUUUGUCGUCAACCCAGGGGGUGGAGCUCCCAACGACACUGCCACCACUAAUAUCACAAUCUUCAAUAUCAACGACCAGUCGCCUGAGUGCUCCCCAGUAGACCCCACUAUGCAAGUGAGAGAGGAUACUCCACCCAACUCCAUCGUUUAUACUCUAUUGGCCACUGAUAGUGACGUGGGGGCGGAUGGUGCUAUCUUAUACUCUAUCACCAACGGAGACACUUCUUUGUUCAAUAUCACCACGGUAACUGCCGGCAACGAGCAGAAUGGAAACCUGUAUUUGCUGAGUGGUUUAGAUCGCGAGACGGUAGACAGUUAUACUAUCGAGGUGACGACGUGUGAUAUGGGAUCUCCUCAACUGUGCUGCAGUUACAUCGUGACCAUUGAGGUGAUUGACGCUAACGACUUGCCCCCUGUAUUUGCAGACCCCGCCUACUUCACGUCUGUCACUGAGAACAAUGGCACUGAUCUGAUAAGAUUUGCCGUUACUGAUGGAGAUAUUGGUAUCAAUGAAGACAUAGUGGACCUGCGGAUUGAUACCAACAGCUACAAUCAACGUGCUGGCUGCAUAGGUAACUUCCAAACGCGAGUGGAAUCUGGUGUUCCGAUUUUAUCAACAUCCGGUGUUGAUUUUGAGGAAGUACAGGUGUGUACUUUUGUCGUCAUAGCUACAGACGGUGGCACCCCCUCCAUGGAAGGAAGGGCCAAUGUAACAGUGACUAUCGUUAACCAAGAUGACUUCCCACCAGAGUUUGCAAUGAACAUCUUCCUGUUUCUCGUUGAGGAGGAGAAUUCAUUCCCUCUGAUUAUUGGACGCCUGGUUGCUACUGACAUCGACAGCCCUGACGACAGCCUUGUGUUCUCCCCAGCAACCAUUGGUGGACAAUUCUCCAUCGACCCAAACAAUGGUAGCAUCUCUAUUCUGUUUGAGGGAGAUCGAGAUGUUCAGACUAACUAUAACUUUGGAGUAACCGUUAGUGAUCCAGCUGGCAACACCGACACUGCCAUGGUCACUGUGGAGAUCACUGCCAUUAACAACGAUGCCCCUGUGCUGGACCUCAACGCCACCGAUCCAACAUCUCUUAAUGCUAGAACUUCUGCCACUUUCAUUGAAGAGGGGCCGGCAGUCGUUAUCCCCACUGACCCCCAGAUCAUAGACCCGGACGAGGUGGCAUUCUCAAUAGCAUACAUUCAAGUGAGUGUUGCUAACUCUGGCGAUUCAUCUCAGGAGGUGCUCUCCAUCAAUGCUGACUCAGCUCUCUACACUAUCAUCUCCUGUCCAACCACCUCUCCCCCCAGUGCAUUCUGCGUGCAACCAGUAGCCGGGGCAACGGAGGCACAAGUCAAUGAUCUCCUGCAGAGCUUCACCUAUCAAAACACCGAGAAUGAGUUCACCGCCUGCAGGGACGACCUCUACAGCUGUGUCGCUGGACCUCUCUCUAGGACUCUUCUGUUUGUCGUCAAUGACAAUCGAUUCAGCAGCGUUGCGAGUGAAGCUUAUGUCAUCCUCCAGCCAGUGAAUGAUGCACCUGUGCUUGACCUUGACACCUCCGCCGCUGGUGUGGACUAUGAGGCAAGGUUCAGGGAAGGAGAAGGUCCCAUUGAUAUUGUCAGCUCCAAUGGCUAUUCCAUCACAGACGAUGAUAAUGCACAGCUUCAAUCACUCAACUGUGACCUCACCAACCCUCAGGACGGUAGUGAUGAAUUCCUCCUCCUUAAUGCUUCAGCUGUUCCCCCCUCCCUCACUGCCGUUGUAUCACCUGAUGCUUAUGCCAUCUCCAUUACUGGAGCAGCCAGCGUUGGUGACUAUACCACCAUUAUGCGCCUUAUCCAGUACAACAGUAUCACCAAUAAUCCCGAUGUCACCAUUCGAGUGGUUCAGUGCUCUGUGUCUGACGGAUUGCUAAGCAGUGAAGUAGCCAGCACUGCCAUAGAUUAUCGUACCGUCAACCAGAUACCAGAGCUGGACCUAGACACCACCUCCCUUGACGUUGGGUAUUCAGUGAACUUUGUAGAAGAUGGUAGUGCAAUUUCUCUCACUAACUCAGCCCUACUGACUGACGGAGAUAAUACCAAUAUGCAGAGGCUAACGGUCACACUAAUGGGCGCGGCUGGACCUCAGGAGGUGCUCUCAGUGGAUGCAACAUUCAUCACCACACCCCUCACCUCGUCCUACACUUUCCCCAUUCUCACAAUCAAUGGAGAAGCGUCCACUGCAAUCUACCAGAGCAUCAUCAACUCCGUCUCCUAUCUCAACACUGAUGGAGAGAUUGCCGAUGACAGUACAAGGAUGGCUGUGUUUGUUGUACAGGACGCCAGUAGUGGAGACAGUGUUGCUGUGGUUACUAACAUCACCAUUACUCCAGUUGACGAUAAUUCUCCUGUUUUUUCACCUAAUAAUCGGUACACCUUCAAUGUUGAUGAGAACAGUGCUGUAAACACUCUCGUUGGCACGGUAAUUAUCAGUGAUGAUGAUCUACCCUCGGGCAACGAUGUUCCUCUAUUCUCUAUCAUUUCCUCUGUACCUGCGAUUGGAAUGUCUGACUUUAUCAUCCGGAACAAUCCUGCUCUGCCUUACACGGGUCAAGUGCUUGUCAAUGGACAGCUGGACUAUGACUCACGAGCGGACACGUAUCUACUUGUGGUCCAAGCAAGCAGUGGACUGUUUAGCAUCACAGGCGAGGUGACGGUCAAUAUCAACAACCUCCCUGACCUGCCCCCUCAGUUUACGUUUUGUCCGAGUGAAUUCUCAGUGAUGGAGAACGAGAAUAUAGGUGUACCUCUUAUCCCCCCAGGCUGUGUUGCCGUGGACCCUGAUAAUCUGGACCCUAUCACUUACUUUAUCCAUGGAAACGUCGUGGAAGGAGUCAGAUUGAUUGAUAUCAAUCCUAGCACUGGCGCUAUUUUUGUGGACAAUAAUAUUGAUCGAGAAUCAGUGGGUGUGUCCUUCUCUGUGAUAAUAUCAGCACUUGACUCCACCCUCUCAACAAUUCAAAACAGUACGAUCAUCAUCAGAGGAGAGAACGAAUUCUCCCCUGAGUUCGAUGCCGUCAGCUACUCUGCUACGGUAACUGAGAAUAAUGCACCGAACCCAUCUCCUCUCAGAACAGUGGUGGCAGCGGACCGAGACGAAUCACCUGACCUCGAUGCAAAUCCCAACUUUGUCUCGAGAAUAACUUACUCUUUUGUCGAUCCGACUCCAUUCUUCUCCAUCAACAAUGUCACAGGGGAGGUGCUCCAACAGUUGGUGGUGGACCGUGAGCAGAAUCAGCAGUUUGUGCUUCAAGUGGUUGCCAGUGACAACGACCCCACGCCCGACGCCCGUACAAGACUGGUGACACUGUUCAUUGAAGUGAGGAACGUUAACGAUGAGGCUCCACAGUUUAUCAACCUUGACAACAUAAUUAUAGUGUCUGAAGAUGAGCCAGUGAGAAGAGCAGAUCCAUUCUACACUAUUGGCUUCAAUGACCCGGACUCGGACUCUUCCUUACAGCUGGUCCUAACUCCCCCCUCCGUAGAGUUUCUGCUGAACUCGGCCAAUGGGCAGCUGAGGGUGAACACAGAUCUUGAUGCAGAUACUGAGCCGAGGAUGUAUUCCUACAACCUUACGCUGACUGACAUCAACACUGAUCCCCUAUACGCCAACACUAGCAUGUCUGUUACCGAGGAGAUAACCAUUGUACUGCGAGACACUAACGAUAAUGUUCCCCAAUUCACAAUGGCGAUAUUUGAGGGUAGCAUCACUGAGAACGAACCAGCUGGAAGUAUCGUGCUUACAGUGGCUGCUACGGACGCAGACUAUGGAUUUGACCCUAACGGUGUUCCCAAUGGCAACAACCAACUUCGCUACUCACUGCAAGGAGCUCCUCUCAACACCUUUGCCAUUGACAUGUCUACGGGUGUGAUCACUAAGCUGCGAGUGCUGGACAGAGAGGAGCAAUCUACGUACGAGUUCACAGUAGUUGUGCAAGACACGCCGCUGCCAGUGGAUGGAAUGUCUGUCUCUCCGCAGACCAACACUGCUAUCAUACAGAUCAGUGUACUGGACGUUAACGAACUCCCCCCUCAGGCAGACCCAGACCGCUAUUUUGUAUCAAUACCGGAGGACACACCCAUAGGAUCCAGCCUGGACACGACUGUGCCGGCCUACUGGAGGACUGGAGGUGACUCAGGUGUGUAUCUGAGGGAGCUGCGUGAGGCCUCGGUGAUCAACUCUGACACAGGCAUCCUCAUCUGUUCCAUGUACACACUCACUGAUGGAGGCAGCUUCUCACUGCAAGACGUCUACUACAUCAAUGGAGACAAUUGCCUCAACGUCUCUCAAGCCACACCUAUUCUACUCCGAUCCCUUGUUGGCAUGGCAAACGAGUCAGCCGUGAGAGAGCUCACCAUCCCAUUGGCUGAUGAUACGAGGAGCGAUCUGCUCGGAAUAUUCAAUCUGAACCCCACUGAUGACACUUCCGACAGGUACCUCUCCCUGCCGACUGACUUCCUUGAGACCCGCUAUUCUGUUAUCAGCCAUUCAAUUAGCAUUGUGUCCGACUCACUGGUGCGUGCCCUCAAUGGGGAGACACUCUUAGGCCAGUACCAAUGCACCCUCGCUAGCGGGACACCCAUAGUGGCCGGAAGCACGUACAAUGUCCUCUCCGACUUCUCCAGCUGCAAUACUGUGGGUGGAGGAUUCAGAUUUGCCGGUUUGUCGACAAGCAUCAAUCAAAACUAUCUGUAUAGUUACCGUGGCAAUAAUGAACGCUGCUCUGUUAUCUAUGGCCCUCUAGCAACACAAGUUAGUUCAGAGCCGCUAUUGGUGGAUCCUCUCUUUGUGGGGGGUGGUGUGUACGUGAGAUUGGGAGACGCUGGGUGUGAUAUUGACGACUCCUGUGUGUAUGUACCACGUGGUGACAGUGUAUGCAACAACCCAUCUCCAACCACUAAUAGAGCCGUUACAAUUCCUGUCUACGUCACUGACCCGGAUGGCCUGGACAAUACUAACUUUGUGUUCUCGCUGGCACCUGGUCAGCCGACAGUGACGCCUUUCUUUGCCGUGAACUCGAGUACUGGACAGCUCUACUUGCUUCAAGAGAUUGAUCGAGAUAAUGCACUCAGCUUCUUCAACGUCAGUGUACAAGUUACAGAUGGAACUUUUUCAGACCAGUUCUCAAUCGAGGUAACCAUUGAAGAUGUCAAUGAUAACAGCCCGAUACCCACUUCCCCUCUGUUUGAGGGCAGUGUCAGAGAGAAUGAGGAUCCCCUCACUUUGGUUCUCACGGUAACCUUCACCGACAAUGAUGAUGGAUCUAACGCUCAGUUAAUAUAUUCUCUACCCCCAACAGCACUAGUAGAUUUCAUCAUCAGCAACACCAGUGGAGAAAUCUUCACUGCUAGAGUGUUUGAUUAUGAGGAUGGACAAAAUGAGUAUCUAUUCAAUGUUACUGCAAGAGAUGGUGGCGGACGCGAGGGAACCUCUCAGGUACGGAUAACAAUCAGAGAUCGCAAUGAUAACAGACCCACUGUGAUAGUCGUUCCCACGGGAACAGCAUUUGUAGAAGACUCUCCGCCCAUUAUACCUGCCAGCGUGACAGUUGAGGACAGGGACAGUAGUAUCCACGCCAUGUUCUUUGCCUUUGUGAUUGUUGAGAAUAAUUUGGACGGAGAAGACGAGAUACUGAGUAUUGAUACAUCUCUUCUACCCCCCACUUUCAAACUGUGGUCAUCUAUCGGAUCUGCUGGAAUUUACGAGAAUUCAACUGUUCUCCUGUUAGUGGGUGGAGACUCCCCGCAGACAUACACCACUCUUCUCUCGGCUGUUACCUAUGACAACCAAGCCGAACUAAUCACCCGACCCCUAGACAGGACCAUCACUUAUCGCGUGUGUGACACAUUCACAGAAACCACCUUCGGCCAGUUGAGUCUAGACACACAGCUGGCAAUAAGUCCGCCAGACACCCCAACCACCCGCGAUCUCACAGAUGAAGAAGCUGAGCUACUCAUUUCUGACUGCACUGCUGCUAACAAUGCUGUCAACUCAACAGCUGUGGAUCUUGUGGAGGCCAACGACAGGCCUCAGCUGAUCAGGGCAGUGGUUCAAUAUCCACCAAUCAGAGAAGAUAUAAGUGCUAGUGAUAACCGUGGUCAGUACGUUGUUGAAACGUUUGAAGGAGUUAUAUUCGACCCCGAUCGUCAACCCUACCCCAGCGAUGUUGCCGUUACAGGAAUUGACAGUAGCACCGCACAACCAACAUUUGCUGUGCUCGCUAAUGACCAAAACUGUCGCGCUAGAUCCAACCAGAUAGUUGCCAAUGGUAGCUACGCGUGUGCCUCCAGGCUAGUGGAGGGAGGUCCUUGCUAUUGUCCGGAUCGUGUUGGAUACACCCUCACCUGUUACGAGUACCAAGACACUGUGUUCAUGUUCUGUCUUAGUGAUAAUAUCUGCAGCAUUUGUCAGUGCUCACCCCCCUCUACGACCUCUGACCUUUCAGCUGUAUCGGUGGAUUUUGGAGCAGGUUCCAUUGAUAUCUCGCAGCUGUUACAGAACCAGUUCUUUAUUUACGAGUUUACGGACACUAAUCAGCUGUACAACUUUACAUUUGGGUUUGCUAGUUUGAUAUUCACCCGAACAGAUGCUAGUACAGUUAUCAGUAUGUUCACCUUUGAUGUCACCUUCGAAGCAUUCGGAGCCGUGAGUGAUGAGUCAGCACUUCUGCUCGGCUGUUACACUCUUGUACGCUGGAACCCUGUCGAGCAUCAAACUGGCUCCUCCUCUUUCUCUUUCCGAGCCUGGGAUCGUACCAACGGACUACAACCUGGCGAGAGAGGUGCCAAUUCUACCGACCUUUCAGACUCUGCAUUUUCAUUGGCUAGCGGUAUUGCAACCAUUGAGGUCACUCCAGUCAACGACCCCCCACAGAUCAGGCUGGGGGGUCCAGGAGAGGACCAACAGAACUACAUCACCACAUACACGGAAGGAACCUCGGUGUUCAUCUCAUCAAUGGAUGCUGUCAUCAUUGAACUAGACCAAACUGAUAACUUCCUCUUCAAUCUAUCGGUAUUUAUCGCACCAGUGGGUGGAGAAUGUGACCUACCUGACUACGAGGGCAUGUCCGAUGAUCGACUAAGCUACAUGGACAACAACAUGAUUCCUGUGAUUGUCACACGAAGUACCGAGGGUCAGGCGUGUAUACUGUACGAGUUCAAUGGUGCUCUCUCUGUCGACCAAUGGAGAGCUUAUCUCACUAUGAUCAGAUUCCGAGUUGAUAACGACGAACCGAGCGAGCAUACAAGGCAGCUGGCAGUGGUCAUCUCUGACCUUGUCUCCACAAGCCCACCCUCCUUCACCACUUUAGUGGUCAAUCUCGUUAGCGACCUUUGUCCUGUAUUGCAAGUACCCACGUCUGGCACCCCCCUCGUCUAUACAGAGCACAGCGGACCUCUGGUGUUAUCUAGCACCAUCAACGUGACAGACCCAGACAGACUGGCCAUGAUUGAAGGGGCAGUGGUGGAAGUUAUGGCCACAACCACCAAUCCUUGUAGAGGGUGUGUCCUCUCCGUCAAUACGGGCUCCACUGGAAUCACUAGUACUCUGAGUUCAAGUAAUCUAACUAUCACACUCUCUGGGCUAGCCACGCCAACUAGUUAUCAGGAGGUGCUCCGAACGGUCUCCUUUGAAGAUACCUCUGCCGAGCCCACCUUUGACCUUAUUAUGAUACGGUUCACCGUUCAGGACCCUCAAGUAACCUCAGCGAUAUGUGUACAAGCCGUGGGGGAGAUUGGCGUGAUGAUCGAACAUGUCAACGACAAUUCACCGGACCUCUAUCUCAACUACCCGUUGUCCGAAGACUUUACCACUGUCUUUAUGGAGGGGGCGGGCCCAGUUGCCGUGACAGGUGGUAUGGUGGAGAUCCGAGAUCUUGAUGGAGUGGAGUCCAGUGUGUACAUUAUCUCCGUGGUGAUUACAAGUGGUUGUUUUCCCUCGGAGGACAGCCUGCAGUUUGCAGCACCUCCUCCUACCACCGUUACUUUAGCUUACAAUAGCACCACCUGCUCCAUGUCAUUGCUAGGCAACUCGGACGCUCUAGAGUCUGAUCUUGGGAGGCUUCAAUACACCAACCUCAAUAUUGACAACCCUACCAUCAAUGUGCGCAGCAUCUCCUUCACCAUAACCGACGGUAGCCUCCAGUCUCGAUCAUCUGUAACCGAGGUGACCAUCACAGCCAUCAACGAUGCCCCAAUGGUGGACCUGGAUACUAGUAACAGCGUCUCCUCUGACAGCAUGGUUACCAUGAUACUGGGUACGGGAUCUGUGGCGCUGACGGGUGAUAACCAAGGGAACAUUAUUGACCCCGACACUGACAACCUCAUCAGCCUAACGCUGGUUCUAAAUGAGAUAGAUAGCACAGGAGUUCAAGUGGAUCCAAGAUCUGAUGUGGAUUUUGAGAGUGUGCAAUCAACGGAAGGGCCGUUCAUUGCUGGUCUGGGUCUGGGAUUCCAAUACCUUCAGGCUAUGGGGGAGCUACGCAUCACUGGACAAGCCUCAGUCGCUGACUACACGGCCAUCUUGAACAGCCUGGUGUAUGUCAACACCCGACUACCGCCCACGGAGAACACUCGUCGCAUAUCAGUGGUAGUAUCAGAUGCAACGAGCAACAGUGAACUUGCAUUUGCCACAGUACGAUUUGCUGGGGACCUCACCGCCCCCACUCUGGAUCUCAACGGCAACGACCCGGGGACUGGCACAAUGGGCACUUACAUCAUCACCUCACAGCCGCUGCAGCUGUUCCCUAAUGCAUUCCUCAGUGAUGCUGAUCGUGACAACAUUUGCUAUGCCAACAUCACUCUGGUUGGCCCAGACACCACCUGCACUGCCUCCAGCAUCAACUUUGAGACUGCCUUCAGUGACAUCAUGAUCAGUACCGAGGACUCCACCCCCGGCUCUGUCCGCUAUCAGCUCACCUCCCUAUUCACCGACUGCAGGGAGGCUCUUGUUUACCAGAGCAUCCUAAGAGGCAUCACGUUCUCAGUACCCGACAACACACCAGCUGGCGUCUGCACUCUCUCUGUGGUUGUUGAGGAUGCUAGACGAUCUGUUAGUAACACAGCCUCAGGCUCUGUGGAGGUACGAGCAUUCAACGCUGCACCGUUUAUUGAUCUCGACCGCGGACUCAGUGGACGCGACUACUCAACCGCGUACUUUCAAGGUGGUAGCAUUCAACACAUUGCGAGCAUAUUCGAUGCAGCCAAUGCAAGGAACAUUACUGACAUGACUGUGAUUGGGGAGGCUGAUGGAGAAGCUCCCUUUGACGAUGGCACCCUCUACCAUGGUGUGGUUAUCAUGGAGGAGUCUUAUGCUGGCUACACUCUCAUUGACGUAGACAGCCCAACACUUGAGUACCUUCAAGUAGAGUUCUUCUUUGCUAACAACCUGGAGAAUGAUGUUAUCCGUUACCCAUGCCAACCAUCGACCCCCCUCCCUGAGACAAUCACAGGUGCGGCUAAUGGCUGUGAUAGUUUGAACCCUGGACCCUUCACUUUUGCCACCCCCAUAUGCGAUCCCAACGUGUUCUCUGCUUGCUCCGCUACUGAAGAUCUCUGCUCUGACAUGCAGGUCACCAUAUUCUGCUCCACCGGGAGGAAGGCUUAUCGGUUCACUUAUCUGAAUAAUCCUUCUGUUGAGAGAUAUCGAUUGCUCGUACGUUACCUUGGUUACGACUUCCUUAUUCCCAGAGGCGGACAGGUUGAUCAGAUUCGACUACUGAACGUUAGCGUAUUUGAUGGAAUCAGUCAGAUGUUUAACCCUCAGGCAAUUACUCGUGUAACUAUACGUAAUCAGGAUGUCGUCAUCAUCAUUGUUGACCCCGCUCCCCCUAACUCCACCUUUAUUGUGUACGAGGACGAGCGACCAGGAAGAAUCUGCAACCUGUACCAACUCCGAGUGAUGCGAUUGGACGGAACUUUCCCAGAUCCUAGUCAGCUUGUAUACAACCUCACCAUUGGCAACACCAAUGAAGCGUUCGGUAUUGACGAGGAAGGAGUGAUAUUUUUGAACAAUCCAGUGGAUCGCGAGACCAUCCCCUUCUAUGACCUUACAGUUACUGCUAGGUUGCGUAAUGCAGACCCCGAUACCACUGCUAGCUCAACACUGAUUGCUGAAGUGAUUGACGUCAAUGACAACCAUCCCAUUACCGCUGACUCUUAUUCUGUCAACGUUACUGAGGGACAAGCGGGUGUGCCUGUCGUCCAGGUGAUGGCUACAGAUGCUGACAUUGGCAGUAAUUCUGAGCUGACGUACCUCCUGUUGGGAAUUGGGGCGGAGAACUUCCAAGUGGACACCACCGGCUAUGUGACUACACGCAACGCUCUCAACAUGACCAUACAAGACUUUUAUCUUCUAGUAAUGAUAAUCACCGACAGAGGAGAAAUAGCUUUGUCCACACACACAAUCAUCAACAUUUAUGUCAUCACCCCACCCCCCACAGACCUUGCCUUCAACCCAUUUGACGACCCCCUGCUUGUGUUUGAGGAUACCCCCAUUGGAAUGGUUGUCGGCAAUCUGUCUGCAUUUGAGGUCGGUGGUACUGGAGACACCUCCUUCAUCAGGUACAGAUUCAUUGAGAUAGUAUCCGUAGAGACUGGUGUAAUGGUGUUCCCUGCUCCGUUUGCGGUGGAUGGUACAAGUGGAGUGAUAACAACUGUGACUGGGUUGGACUCUGAGACCACCAUUGGAUACGAUGUUGUCAUAGAAGCGUUCAGUAUUCGUGGUCUCUUUCCUCCUCGGCCAACACUUGCUAACUUCACCAUCAGUAUCUCUGACGUCAAUGAGGGACGACCAAUGUUCGUAGGUGCCCCCUACACUCGAGCUGUUGAGGAGAAUGCAGCCUCAGGCACUCUUGUGUUCACGCUGGUUGCCACUGACGAUGACUCUAUGAACCUCGGGUUGGUAUACUCACUAGACCCCAGUGCUCCUUCUAACCUCCCAUUUACUGUUCUCUCUAACGGACAAGUUGUUGUUUCAGGUGAUGUCGAUUAUGAGUCUGCUACCUCACACAUCUUUACUGUACAAGUACAAGAUAACCCCGCCCACAACAUGCCCCCUUUGUCAGCCACUGCACAAGUCAACAUCCUGGUUACUGAUCAAAACGAUAGUCCUGCAGUGUUUGCGGGAGGUCCUUUCAACGUGAGUGUCCGAGAGAGCGAGAGCAAUGAUUACAUCCUCUUCAGCUUCUCCACCACGGACGCUGACUCCGCCCCUAAUAGAGAUGUCACCUACUCUCUGCAAGGUCUCGAGAACUCUCCGUUCUGUCUGAUUGGCAUGACUGUACGAGUGUGUAAUGACGACCUGUUGACCUCCUUGGAGAUGGAGGGGGUGGUCUUUGAAUUCAACCUCAUAGCAACGAACCCUGGCACGCCUCAGCGGCAGACAACCGUACAGCAAGGUAGCAUUGAAGUGAUACUAAUCAACGAAUUCGAUCCUUUUGUGACUAUGUCAGUAAUACAACACCAGGGUUUUGUUGAGGAAGAUUGUCGACCCGCCCUCCAGUGCAUUGGUACGUUCGUGUACGACUUUAGCAACAUCACCUCUGAUGAUGAUGGCGGCAUGGGCGGAGAUUUGCGCUAUACCCUGGAAACUAUGGGAACCCCCUUCACUUUGGACCCAGUUACUGGUGUCCUACGGAUAUCUGGUAGGAUAGAUCGCGAACGACGGAGCUUUUACGACCUUGACAUAUUUGUGGAGGAUGGGGGAGAUAUGGAGGGUGUGGUUCGCAAUGACUCGACGAUUAUCAUAAUCCCAAUCACGGACCUGAACGACAACAGUGCAGUCAUCAUACCUCCUACAAAGUUCAACAUAACCGAGGACAUGACUAACAGCACAGCACCAUUUGGUAGAGUGUCCUUCACAGACGCUGACACUGUGGGCACCCACACAUUCGCUAUUGUAACCCCUAACGAGGCCAAUAUCGAGAUCGGCUGUACCAAAUCCAAUGAAAUCACUAAUUCUUUAUACGUUCCCUUCGACAUUAUUGAAUCAACUGGAGAGCUGUUCUUCUGUACAGCUGUGGACUUUGAGACGGAACAGCGCAUAUACACUGUGGACAUCGAGGUAUUCAACCAGAAUCUGGAGUUUGUUAGUGGUCAGAAUCCUGUCAAUCCUGUUUCUGCCGAGUUCUCCGUGUGUAUAGUGGACUCCAACGACAACCCGCCCUCCCUGGAUGAAUCCAACUACAGCUUCAGUCAUCGGGAGAAUCUUCUUCCUACUUCAGUGGUCGGUAUGGUUACUGCCACAGACGUUGACAGCGGUGCUAACGGUGAUCUGGUGUUCUCCAUUGUGGGACAAAGCAGCGCUGAUUGCAGCAACUCACAGGACACAUUCGGGUUGGUGAAGACCGGGCGUACAACUGCAAACCUUAUCACGUGUGUCAGCUUAAACUACGAGACCACCGCCUUCUAUCAACUCACCGUACAAGCCUGUGACAAUGCAGCCAGCCCUCUCUGCGAUACCGCUCCCGUUGCCGUGACAGUCGAGGACAGAAACGAUAAUGCUCCUAUUUUCUCUGAAGUCAAGUACUUAGCCCAAAUCAAUGAGACAGACACCUCACAGAUGAUGGUAUCCGUGGUCACAGUGAUAGUGUCCGAUAGCGACUCUCCUCUCAACUCCAUCAGCACCUUCGCUAUCCUCACACCUCUCACCCCCUUUGGACUACGAUCAGCCACGCCCACCACUGUGGAGGUAUUCGUAGCAAACCCUGACGAUAUUAACUUUGAGAGUGGCACUGUGAUGUAUGAGAUUGAUGUGCUGGCAAACAACUCUCCCGCUGUUGCCGAUGACGUUACUCAGAACAAUACCGUCCGUGUGUGUAUCACUGUGGUGGAUCGUAACGAUAAUGCUCCUCGUAUUUCUGAACCAUUUCAAUUCUCUGUACGUGAGAACCAGCCUUCUGAAACGCUAGUCGGCUGUGUGGUUGCCAUGGACGCUGACUCUGAUGUCAGGGGAACCCUUGAAUACUCCAUUCCCUCGUUCCCUGUUUGCUCCAAUGAUGUCCCCUUCUCCAUCAAUGAGACCUCUGGUUGCCUCUCUACAUGUACCCCUCUAGACUACGAGGAACAGACUACCUACACAUUUGUGGUUAUGGUGUGCGAUCAAUCGGUUGCCGAGGUGAUGAUGUGCUCGUCUCGGAACUUUACCAUCAAUGUGGAGGAUUUGAACGACAACCCGCUAGAGUAUUCCCAAGACCCGUACAUUGUGGACCUCAAUGAGAACAGUCUACCUGGAAGUAUAUUGGUGACUAUACAAUCAUCUGACCAGGACUCUCCACCUAACUCUCAGGUGACGUAUUCGUUUGUGAACACUUCCGGACCAUUUGGAAUAAUAGACGAAGAUGACGUGUUCUACACUGGGGCGGAGGAGCUGGAUUAUGAGGGGCCCACCCGGACCUAUAUCUCACACCUCAGGGGCAUCAAUCCCCCAAGCAACUCAGAUGAUCAAACCCAUAUUGUUGACGUGGCGAUUGUGAUAAAUGUAGUGGAUCGAAACGACCAACCGCCAGUGUUUCCAUCUCCAACGGAUACAGUACAGCUGCAAGAGAAUUCACCGAAUGGAGACGUUGUUUAUACACUGUCCACAACUGAUGCCGACACUGACCUCAACUCACAAGUCCGAUACCAAAUCCUCCAGUCCAAUACUCCAUUCACUAUUAUCGAUGACAAUGUGGUGGUAUCAGAUAGCGAUGCUUUAGACUUUGACCCCCCCGCAUCAGUACAAGAGAUUGAACUGCUGAUACAAGCCGUAAACGAGGCCCUUGACGACGAAACCCAGAUCACUAAUUUCACACUCACAGUGCAGCUUACAGACGAGAACGACAACUCCCCUGUUUGUGUAGGCCCGUCUGCUUUCAUAUACCCAGAGGACCUGAACGUGGGGGCGGAUCUGAGAAGAGCAAUGGCUGCAGACAUCGACUCAGGCCUCAACCAAGAACUUCGCUUCUCGAUAACAAGGGAAAACACGACAGACCCUGAUCCAAUGUGUUCCUCUGAGCUACCGUUUGAGAUUGACCAGAUUACUGGCUACAUCUACGCCUGCAUGAGGCUGGAUUACGAGAACAUGACUUACUACGAGUUCAACAUCACGGUGUGCGACUUAGGCACCCCCCAGAGAUGUAGUCAAUGCCCAAUCAUGAUCCAGAUUAUGGACGUCAAUGACAACGCCCCCGUCAUCAUCCCCCCCACAGAGUUCAGUGUCACCGAGACCUCCCCUCAAGGCACUCUGGUUGGUUGCAUCAAUGCUGACGAUGCAGAUUCUGGUCAGAAUGCGCUAUUGAACUAUUCCCUCUCGGCUGGCGUCGAGGAAUGCACUACACUCAUCCCCUUCUUUGUGAAUGACACGACUGGAUGCAUUGAAGUGUGUCAACCUCUCAACUAUGAAGCUGUCAUAACCUACUCCUUCGAUAUCGUAGUAUCAGACAUGGGAUCUGUGGUGCUCAGUACUAUAGCAACUAUCAUAGUGGACAUCAUCAACGAAAACGACCACCCCCCUGUCAUCACCCCUGUUACCAUGGCAGACGUCAUAGAGGAGCUCCCUAAUGCACUCGUACUAACAGUACUAGCCAGUGAUGCAGAUGCCCCUCCAUUCAAUAACUUCACGUUUUCAUUGGUCGAUAGUGCAGGAGGACGGUUCACUAUUGACCCAUUCUCUGGCGUCGUGCUAACCACACAGUCGCUGGAUCGAGAGGAGCAAGCAAUGUACAGUAUCACUGUACGUGUCACGGAUGGUGUGUUCAGUGCCAAUCAGACCAUAACUGUUUAUCUUACGGACAUUAACGACAACUUCCCUCAGUAUGUUGGCCAAGAGCUCUUCAGUUUUCUUGAGGAGAGUCUGUUCCAACUUGUGGUGCCCUUCACCGACAGAGAUGUUGGUCAGAACGCUAACCUCACGUAUACUGUGAGCGAUGCAAGAUUCUCCAUCAAUAACUUUGGCGUUUUGAUGAACUUGGUACUGUUGAACAGGGAGGAAGAAGCCGCUGUUACCUUGGAGAUAACUGCUAGAGAUUGGGGAGUUCCUUUCCGAGAGAAUCAAACCAUCAUUACCAUAGUGUUGUUGGAUAUUAACGACAAUGCCCCUCAGGCACUGCCGCCAUUCAUGGCAGAUGUGAUUGAUGGAUCCCCUGAGGGUACUGCGAUCAUAACUCUCAAUGCAGUUGAUGCUGACGAAGGUUCCAACUCCGCUCUCCUCUUCACUCUGAUCGAUGAUGCUGGUACGUUCAAAGUGGACAACGAGACGGGUGUGGUCACUCUGACAAGGGACAUUAACCUCGUAUCAUCAACGGUUGUCACUAUACCAUUCACAGCCUCCAUUUCCGACAGAGGCUUGCCAACGCAAACAAUUACUCAAAACUACACAAUCUUCAUUGUCAGCUCUGUGCCCGGAUUCCCUCAAACUCAGUACAGUUUCAGUAUAUUGGAGAAUUCAUUCGGAGAAAGUAUGGGCGUGAUUAGAGCGAUGGACCGUGACCUGAAUCUCUUGAACGAUGCCUUCGAGUACACCAUCCUCUCUGUGAGUCCAUACAAUGCUGGGUUCACUGUGGACAGCUCUGAGGGCAAUGCCACCAUCACCAGUCCGAGCAGCUAUCUAGACUAUGAGGACAACGAUGUGUUCACUGUGAUUCUUGGAGUUAGCAGGCCGAACAUGACAGCUGUUGUUGACGACACCACCACUGUUGUGAUCACCGUGCUGGGCCUUAACGACAAUACUCCACGUCUCUCACCCCUUAAUAUCACAGCUGAACUGGCCGAACACUCUGCAGAUGGUACCAUUGUUGCUAUGGCAAUUGCUAUCGAUUUUGAUCUCGGUCCAAGUGGACAACUAACAUUCAACCAUACAGGAAAUGGUCAGAAUUAUUUUGAAUUUGAUGCCUCCGGAUAUUUCAUUGUUUCAAACAGCAAUUUAAUUGAUUUUGAAUCUGAUACAAGUUUUACCUUUUUGUACCAAGCUUGUGAUAAUGGUGUACCUCAGGUGUGCAGUGCAGCUGGUUAUAUAUUUAUCACCGUGGUGAACAUUGAUGAUCUACCCCCUGUGUUCAACCCAAAUGUGUACAAUCUCGAAAUCUCUGAAGGGUUUGGUUUUAACCGACUUUUAACGUACAUCAACUUCACCGAUCCAGACACCCCUCUUGAAGAUAUCACCCUCAGUUUGGACCCCCCACAGACACAGUUCACCAUCCUCUUGCUCAGCGGAACAGGAGCUCUCAUGACAACAGACGAGCCUCUAGACAGAGAGACCAUACCUAUACACACAUUCAACAUUAUCGCUACAGAUACGGCCGCAGCUCAAGCUACUGCCAUGGUGACUAUCAUUCUGCUGGAUGAAAAUGAUGAGAGGCCUCGCGUUGAACCAAUGGACAAUGUGGUGUAUUUCCUGGAGGGUGUAGGCACGGCAACUCCUGCAGCUGCUUUGAGCAUUGUGGACCGUGAUGAUGUUUCCUUGUACCCUCUACGUAGCGUGCAAAUGAGCCUCCACCCAUCACCCAUGUCUAUCGAGAGCUUCCCACUACCCGGAGGACAAUGCAACCAUGACAACUACACCAUUCUCUAUGACAACAACGUGCACAGCUUGUGCAGUGAGGGUGGCUGUACGUAUCUGCUGGACCCAGCACAGAUAUCUGGAGGAGUAAUUGUGGACAGAAUUCUUGAUUUGGGUCAGUCGCCAUUUGCUAGAAACUUCUUGGUAUUGUUUAGUGGCGAGCAGCUGCUACAAUUCAGCGUAACCAUCUGGGUGAGGUUCUCGGCCCCGUCAAAUGGCUUUAUUGUUGAGAUGCAGAGUACUGUCAAUAUAUUCAGUCUUCAAGUGUUAAAUGAUGGCUCCCUGAAUAUCCAAGUGAACCCUACCGGCAACAAUCCCACUAGACUUGUGGAGACCGGCCAGCUACCCACUCACGAUGGAGAGUGGCAUCAAGUUGCUGUGGUGAGACAGAUGAACGUGAUGUCAAUAUACUUCGACAGUGAAAUGGUUGCGUCUGCUUCUAAUGUUGAUAACUCCACCGUGGACAGUCCAUUUACUAGAGGAGAAUUUGAAAGUGGAACAUUCUUCCUUGGAAACCGACUAGACAAUGCAUUACUCUCUGAGUUCUAUUUCUGCGACUCUGUUAUCACUAACGAGCAUCUGUUCUGUACCUUUACUUGUGGCGAGACCUUGGAUGUGACAUCCAGUACAGAAAAUGUCACGGCAACUAUCAACCAUCGCACAAGAACUGUGGAGCUUACCUAUACCGGCACUGAUACGUUGGCCUCCCUACCUCAACUGGAGGUUGCCAUGAGGACAGUUAAUUACAGCAACAUCUUGGACGAGCCUCACCCCUUGGACAGAGGUGUGUUUUUAUUGGUUACCGACAUGGUUGGACCAUCGGAUACAGAGACUGUGGUAACUGUGCGACCAAUCCUUAUCAACGAUCAACGCCCUGUCCUGGACCUCAACGGAUUUGAAACCCCCGGCCUGAACUUUGCAACAGUGUUUGAUGAGACUUCUCUGGGUACAGAGGUCAUUGGAGCCAAUGCUAUCCUUUAUGACAGGGACAGUGGUUACUGGCCAUUGGACCGUAUCAUUAUACAGCUGAUAUCUGCAGGCUCCCUCGAGGCACUAGUAAACAGUGGGAGCUCUGAACUAGUCAAUGUAACUCUGUUGUCUGGAUUGCAAUUGAUUGCCCUGACGCCCCGCAUCUCUUCAACACCCGUGUUCCCCGAGGCCUAUCUCAGCGCUCUGAGGAACAUUCUAUAUCUGGACCUUGAGGAGGAACCAGUGGAGUUUGAUCGAGUCAUCCAGUUCACCGUGUUUGACGAAGGAUCGAAUGUCAACGAUCCUCUCUCGUUCACAACCGUUACAGUGACACCUACUAACGACAAGCCUACACUUGACUUGGAUAGUACAAACCCAAACAGCCGUGAUACUACUGCCACUUACUUGGAAGAAAGUGGAAGCAGUAAUAUCAUCGAUUCCUCAAGAGUUGCAAUUGCUGACGAAGACAGUACAAUGUUCUCCUCUGCUAUCUUCACCUUUGUCACUCGUCCAGACAUGGAGGCGGAGUCUCUCGCAUUAUUUCCCCCUGCAACUACCGUUACAGCCAGUUUUGACAUUGCAGCUGGUGUUCUAACACUUGUGGGGGCGUUGGAGGCAAAUGAGUGGGUAAAUAUAUUUGGGAAUGUUAUGUACCAGAAUGCUAAUGGAGGUCUGAGUGAUGUAGCCGUGCGGGAGGUCUCCGUGGUGAUCACAGAUAUUGAGGGAGCUACUAGCGAUCCUGCCUUGGUUCGUAUCACCGUCCGUCCAUUCAACGACCCCCCCACAAUCUUCCUGGGGGGUCCAGGCAUCAAAGACUACGUCACAACCUUCACUGAGGAUGGUAAUUGUGUACCCAUUGUUGCUCCAGACUCUCAAAUACUCGAUCCUGAUACGAACAGUCUGCAGAACGUGCGUGUCGUCCUCAACACCAACGGCAUUGUUUCUGACUCAGAAUAUCUGGAAGUGACCGCCAACAUCCCACAGAUUAGGAGCUUUUCCUUCAUGCAGCGGACCAGUAUAAUCUUCAUCCAAGAUCAGUCCAGCUCUAUUGAAUUUUUUGAGAUUGGCUUGAGGAGUGUGGUAUAUUGUAACAAUGUUGAUGAACCAGACGAGUCGUUCAACCGUACUAUAACCGUGACUGCUCUAGACACCACACUUACAACUGAGGGUGGGGUCACUCGGACAGGCUCCAUCUCCUCAUUGUCCACCUCUAGCGUACAAAUAGUGAGGGUGAAUGAUCGCCCAGAGUUGUUCUUUGAACCUCAACAGAAUGUGUCAGUGCGUGGUGUGCCUACCAUCAUCAUCAACCCGGACAAUAUCGAAGUGGAGGACUCAGACGACGAUGUAUUCAGUGAGCUGAUUAUCUCCAUCAUAAACCCUCAGGAUGGAGACGACCAAGAGAUCAUUCAGUUUGAUAUGGACCUCCCCUUCGAGACCGUAUCUAUUGGACCUUUACCAGGGGCGAACAACUCCAUUGAAUAUAGCGUUACCUUCCAGAACAAUGGCGGACGGAACGAGCGUGUGUAUCUGACAAUUGGGAGGAUACGUUACAACAACAUAGCUACAGACAUCACCGUGGAUCCACCGCGCGUGAUUUGUGUGCAGAUAAGCGACUUCAAGAUCUUCAGUGAGCAAACCUGUGUAACUGUAACCAUCUCUCCUGCAAACAACUUCAAUCCAGUAUUUGAUCCAGCCAGUAUGUUGGAGUUCACUCGAAAUGAGACAAACCUGCCGCUCACUUUAACCACCCUACAAGCAACUGACGCUGACCCAGGCCUCGAGGGGGAUAUUUCUUACAGAAUAUCGCAAGUGCUCUCUGUAGCCAUGGGCAUCCCUCCAGUUACACGGGUAACCACAGGCCUAUUUGAGAUCGACUCUGAGUUUGGUGUGUUGACUGUCCCCAACGGACUGGACGCCGAUGACUUCCAGCUGCACAAUGUCACUGUAAUAGCUGAAGACAUGGGAAACCCUGUAUUAACGGACACUGUGUAUGUGGUUGUGCGUGUGGAGGACCUCAAUGACAUUGCCCCAGUAUUUGUAACCCUCAGUGGUGACGAGCCCCCCUACGAUGCACCCCCACAGAGGGAAGAGCUGGACCCCCCCAGAAGUAUAUUCAUUGUGCGGGCAGAAGAUAGAGAUUUCACUUCACCCAACAACAGGGUUGUACGCUACGAACUGUUGAACUUUCAGGAUCGUUUCUCCAUUGACAACAAUGGUAUCAUCCAGUUCAUCACUCAGUUGGAUGCAGAAGAACAGUCCACCUACGCUCUCAACAUAUCUGCAGUGGACGGGGGAUCUCCCCCACAAACCUCUUAUGCUACCGUCCUGUUCAGUCUGACAGACUUCAACGACAACCCAGCUGAGAUACAGCAGCUGGCACCGGCUGUAAUCGUGAUAGGGGGUGCUGCUACUUCCAUUGGUCCCGCCCUGAGAAUCAAUGACCCUGAUCUAGGCUCGGCAGCCAUCAGCUCUAUAGAGGUGACACUGGUUCCGAAUGCUGUAGACAGCCAGAGGCAAUACAUCGAUUGUCUGAUGGUGUGCCAGGAAGCGAGGCUACAAGAUGCCGGGCUCUUGUCCUCUACCAUCAACCUCCUUGAUGCAGCUACCUUUCAGAGCGACAAUAACGCCCAAGGGGCAUUUAACGAUUCAGAUGUUAUUGGUGGAGGUAACUGUCCUGCAGUGACUGUCAACAGACUAACAACCCUAGCAGACGAUGGUUACGGUCGAAUACCUCGUGCUUCCCUCCCUACUGACUUUGGCUCUGGAGAAUUCUCAAUUUCAUUUGUACUGAGGCAAGAUGCCGAAGGAUUUGUUCUCACACUUCCUGACUCAGCGAAUCCAACUCUACCCGCUAGUGCUGUGGAGCGCCAGUUCGCAGUUUGGGUUCGUCGUUUUGACAUUCGAGUCUACUAUGUCUACGGGGCAGGCAGUUUUGACACUGCUGUUUAUAGACAGCCUACAGGACAAGAAAAUUUCACACCAGGAUCAGGAGUAGGAGCAAGGCACUAUACUCUGGUUUUAAGGACCACCUCGUCCACCACUGCUGAGAUUGACUACUAUAUUGACUGUGCACUAGUGGAUACUCAAGCACUAUUGGGAGUACCUGUCUCUCCAUCAUCAAAUAUUGAUUUGUUCAUCGGCAACUCUCGCCCCCCUGCAACCAUUAGUGGUAGAUUGGGCGGUGCCCUACAUGGCCUCUACUAUCACAACAGUCCUCUCACUCAAACACAAGUACUGGAUUUCUGCAGCUGUGGCCAAGAGUCGCUUGUCCUUCCUCUUCUCCCUAACUCCAUUAGAGUCAGCCAACUCACUAACCAGAGGGUUGUCUUCGUUGCGAACUCCUCCGAUCUCAUUCCUCAAGCGGAUGCAGAGAGUGUACUGCGAGACAUUGGCUACCUCAACACUUUCAUAGACCCCACCGUUGACCCCCCACGCUCUCUACAGUUCAGUCUUACUGAGGAAACAGGUGACUCUGCAAACACGAUCGGAAAUGUUUACUUGGUAACCAGCGACAAUGCUUUGCCAGUACUAGACAUCAGCUUUGCGGCUGGAAUAAAUUAUGUCACAACAUUCACAGAAGACGCAGGUCCUGUUGCCGUAGCACCAGACAGUCGAAUGACAAGAUUGAUUGAUGGGUUUUUGAACCCGACAUUUGAUCGAGUGAUUGUUCAGUUAACCAACGCCCAAGAUACCAGUGAAACAUUGUCUGCAGUAUCCACAGAGUCGUACAUCACCGUACAACGAUCACCUGACCGUCAAAUGGUUGAGAUUAUCGGACCUGGUAUUGCAGGUGACUUUAUCACUGUGCUAGACACGCUGGUGUAUGAAAAUACAGACGAUCGUCCCACUACAACAAACCCUCGUGUGAUCCAAUUCACUAUCGUUGACACCGAUGGCCGACAGAACAACCCUCUGGCACAAACCUCCGUCAAUCUCAUCACUGUUAACGACCCUCCAGAAAUCUCUCUCUCCUCUAACAGUGGAGACCUCCUCUCCUCGGCCAUGUACGAUGAGUCUACUCCCGGCGUUGCCAUAGCACCUGCACUAAUGGUACAAGAUGUGGACAGUGAUAACCUGGUGAGUGCUACUCUCAACCUAACCACUCCAACAGUUGGCACGGACACUCUCACUGCAACAGUUGCAAAUCCAAACAUCUUUGUUUCAUUUUCUGGUAAUAUUUUAUCUCUGUCCGGAUCAGCCAGCCUUGAGGAGUAUCGACAGGUGUUAGCUAGUGUCAAUUUCUCCUCAACAGACUCCCCCUUCCUUGACAACAGUGGACAACCUGAGGAGGACCCUACACGAACCGUUGUCAUAACAGUAUCUGAUGGACAGCUAGACAGUGAAAUGGCACAAGUUACUAUCGAGUUUAUACCUCGUGAUGACCCCCCUGUGGUUUCCAUUGGCAAUGCUACGAUUAUAUUUAACGAUGGAGAUGGAGCAGUGCUCAUUGCUCCAAAUGCCAUCAUAGCCGACGAUGAUAACAGGAUCCUGGCUAGCAUGCUGAUUGAGCUAUCUAGAGAGAAUGACGCUGAGAACGAUGUGCUGAGGAGUGGCGCCAACUUGGGACCAGUGCUUGAAUUUGAAAUACCCGAUACAAUUGCUAACUUUGAGUCUAAUUUGAGAGGAAUAGAAUAUGUGAAUUUUGCGUCAGAGCCUGAACUCUCCCCUCGUACCAUUACCAUCACAGUCCGAGACUUCAUGGGCUCCUCCACCACAACAGUCACCAUCAAUAUUGUGGAUGUGAACGACAACCCACCAAACUUUACCCCAUCGCUAUAUAACUUUGACAUCCCCGAGGAUGCAACCAUAGGAACCACCAUUGGUGUUAUGAUGGUGUCAGAUGCUGACAGGAACAUGGAUGUCAUAACUCUGUCCAUAGCUCCAUCAUCUGUGCCCUUCAUUGUAACCCUUGUGGAUAAUGAAGUAGGAGUGAGUAUAUCACAGGCUUUAGACGCAGAGGACACGUCCAUCUACAGCUUCACUGUCACCGCUAGCGAUGGCGUUAACAAUAGCUCAGCUACAGUGACUGUUGAUGUGCUGAAUGUGAAUGAGCCCCCCUCCAUCACUCUCGACCCCUCCAACCCGAGUGUUGUGCUCAGACCCCUCAGUGUUACCCAGCUGCUGCAGAACACUCCAACAAUAUUCGAUCCAGACAUCAACGAUGAGGUUAAGGUAGCUAUUCUAACUCUGAGGGAUGUGCCCUCAGGCUCUAACGAAUCGCUGAAUUGGAACCCCAUACCAGGCUAUAGCUUCGGAGAGACGGCUACCAAUGUGUACAGACUAGAGUCCAUUGCAUCUAAUGUAUCACUGGAAGAUGCUCUGCUCUCACUGACGUAUGUGGUGGGCUCCGUGGUAACCUCUCUGACGGAGAUUCGUACAGUAGGUGUUCUGGUUAUUGAUGCUGGUGAUUUGUCGAGUAAUGAAGUCACUGUGGCGGUGUCUCUGGCGAGUGUUCCUGUCUUCACUCAGAUGGUGUACAAUGUGUCUCUGCUAGAAGGUAUGCUGGCAAUGAACUUUUUAACGGUGCAGGCAAGCGUAGAGAGCGGAGGAGAUGUAAUUGAAUAUGCAGUGGAGCAAGGUUUUGGUGUCAUGAUCAACGCUAUGACAGGUGACCUCUCUCUUCUCUCUCUAUUGGACAGAGAAGUUUCUCCCACCAUGAGUUUUGAGGUGUAUGCUAUUGAUGCCCUCCCACCGGCUCGUACUGGCACUGCCAUGGUAACCAUCACUGUUAUGGAUAGCAACGACGUACAACCGAUAAUCAAUGGAUUAGAUAAUCUAACAGUGUUCAGUGGCAUUUCCAUAGCCCUCUUCCCAAAUGCGACCAUCACAGACCCGGACACAGUGGCACUGAUCAUGAGAGCCACAAUCACUCUGAUGGGAGAUCCUCUACCAAGCGGCAGCUUCACCGGGAGAGUGUGUGUGGACGAGUACAACACCAUAGCUAAGAUGACCUCAGUGUGUGGUCUACCUGCCCAAUCCUUUAUUGAUUUGGUCAGUGGAGUAAGUGCUACUGGUUUAAGCCUCGUGCAAACACGGCAACCUGGUAGCAACGAUGUAUUGAUGACCAAUGGAGGCUAUGCUAUUGUUACUGAAAACUUCACUGACUUCACUGGACAAAUUGAUGAGUUUACGCUGGCAUUCUGGAUUCAAGUGUCGUCCUCAGGCUAUAUAGUGUACUAUGGCAACACAGACUUCACUGAGAGGUACCUGGCUGUGUACUACUCUGCAGGGAACAACCAGCUCAUCUUGACGCUCAAGAGGCAAGGAGAGUCAGGGUUGAGUGCUCAGAUCCGGGUCAGCUUCCAGCUGUCUACAGUACUGUCAGACGGUGGCUAUCAUUUCAUGAUGCUUCAAUAUGGCUCUAGGAACGUGGUGUGUGCAGUAGACGCCCAGCUGGUGACCAGUACUGCAGUGGUGUACAAAGAGUCCCCCUUCAUUGGGGAGGUGUUUGGAUUGCCACUCGAUUUUGACAUUGAAGGACCGCUCUCCACUACUGACAAUGUGUUUGUGCUUGGAGCUCGUCCCAUUACAUCAGGCUAUGACAUGCUUCUGGUUGGCCAACUCUCCGGAAUGGUCCUCAUACCGUCGCUGGCUCCACCCAACUUUUCUAUGUGUAUGUUGAGUUGUCUGGAGAGUCUUGUGGCUGAGACCAGUGGCACAAGUGUAACCGCCCUUCCCUUUGAUGAGGCUGGUCGUCAGCUGGUACUCAAUGGUCCUACCCACCCCUCGGACUUUACACAAGUCCUCAGGGAAUUGCUCUACCUCAACUUAGCUCCUGACAUUAACCUUAACAGCAUUACCCUGGAGGUGUUUGAUGGCCAGAGUGCCACCUCAGGCUCAGUAACAGUGACUCAAGGAUUAGCUGCUCCAAUGGGACGUCGCAGGAGACGUGCAGCAUCCAAACCAGUUGAACCAGAGCAGCCUGUCUAACUUAUUAGAUUACGUAACUAAUUGUAGUUUAGAACAACCGUUGAUCGGUACUGAACAUAAUUAUUAGUAGAUUAUUUUGAAGCAUAAUUAUUAGUAGAUUAUUUUGAAGCAUAAUUAUUAUGUGCAGUAGAUCCAUUAAUAACUGCCAAAUUGAA